AUGCCUGUAACCAUUAAAGUCGCGGAGCAUGAUGCAGAAACAUUUAAGCCAAACUGGCGCGAUCCUCCAAAAUAUGGUUACAAAACGAACGCAGCGCCGGUUCAAGAACCAAAUAGGUCAUUCUUGCGUGACUUACUCAAGGAUUUGGCACCGAAAGACCCAAAGGCCCUGAAAAAUUCAAAAUCCAACAGUACUAUAAUACAAUCGACACUUACCGAAGAGAUCGCAAGUAAGGUUCUCCCAUCUGGGAAUGGCUUAGUGCAUACCUGUCUCGAGGCGUAUAAUCACCAUCGUCAUCCUGUCCUUCGUCCUGAUGAUAUUAGGAUCGCUAUUUUGACUCAAUUCUCAUUUUAUGUGAAUAAGCAUUCUGAGGAACUACUUCAUUCUUUGUUGGACAUGAGGGGAAAGAAGAGCUAG